AUGGCUUUCGAGUAUCGAUCUCUUGAAGUGGCUUUGCCUGGCGAGAAACCUACCCGUCUGUCAUCUGAAUCAUCAUCGACCUUGCAAGCAAUCGACGAUCUAGACUAUCUAUCUCACGAUUCGGAGCUAUGCUACCAAUAUUCCUUCUGUGAAACAGCUUCCAGAUGGGUGAAGUCUAAAUGGCUAUGGGCCGUUCAUGCAGCUUUGCUGUUUACCUCAUGUGGAAUGCUCGUCAUGACUAUGAUCAUGAGAUCAUCAACUCUAUAUCAUAUUCGACAAGUUUCAGCCUGGUCACCUGCCGAUGUUUCCGUCCAAUACAGUCAUGUUCGAUAUAACAUUACGACUAAAGGUAAUCCCUUUGUUGGCGCUGGGCCUGAAGUAGAUAAAGCUUGGAGAGAAAUUUCAUAUGACAUGGGCGACCAAUGGAUACCAAAACACGACAUCUCGAAGUUGGAUAUGCCAGAGACUUCGCUUAAGGUCAACCAUCCUAUCACUGGAGAGGAGGGCUAUAGAGUUGGUAUGGAAGUUUUUCAUCACUUGCACUGCUUAAACCUUCUGCGCCGCGUGACCUACAAGGAUUACUAUGAACCACUUGGUGGAGAGUUUGGCCAUGGCCCAGAAGCCCUUCAAGCACAUACAGGUAUAUUUAUAGAUCACUGUAUUGAAGUACUGCGUCAAAAUAUUCAGUGCAACGCAGACAUCGGCUUGUUCACUUUCUAUAUGAUCCCGGAUGACCCUCUCGCUUGGCCUGAACUAAAUUCGAAGCACGUUUGUCGGAAUUUUGACAACGUACGCAGGUGGGCAUUGGACCACUCCGUAGGAAACAUGGAGGUGCUCGAGCAAUAGGUGUGAUUUUUUUUCUUCUCUUAUGCUUUGUACAGAUCGUAUGCAAAUAGC